AUGCCGUGUCUGUUAAUGAAAAAAAUUACGUCUGAUGUUCCUAAUUUUCAUGUUUCGAGACAGGUGUUAAGUGUUCCAUCGCAACUUCACCUCGCGGAUCCCCAAUUCGAUACACCUCACGAUAUCGACCUCCUUAUCGGGAAUGGUUAUCUGUGGGACAUUAUGUGUGUAGGCCAGCAUAGAUUAGGACGUGGAUUACCGGUUUUAUUAAAAACACAGCUGGGUUGGGUGUUCGGGGGACGCAUGCACGGGGCCGUUGAAUCCCAGGCGCAGAUCUGUGGGCUGAUUACUAACGAUCAGCUGAAUGCUCAGUUCAGACAGUUUUGGGAAAUAGAGCAAGUUUCCACAACCAAUGACGCGAACAGUCACCCGUGUGAGGAUCAUUUCGUACAAACGGUCGCACGAGACAGGGACGGGCGAUAUAUGGUGACGAUUCCAUUCACCGACGGUCUUCGGGAUCUUGGCGAUUCUUUCAACAUGGCCGAGCGGAGGUUUCUUAAUAUAGAAAGAAAGUUGAUUAGGUCACCCAUAUUAAGGCAGGAAUAUCGCGAAUUCAUGCGAGAAUAUGAAAGAUUAGGGCACAUGUCAAAGAUACCUCGGGAUGGUCAUUCGGUUGCAAAUCCGGUUUAUUACCUGCCGCACCAUGCCGUGACGAAGGAGACGAGUACCACGACAAAGGUGCGGACAAUAUCGACACAUCCAAUCGCGAGUCACAUAAUCAUACAAGAUUUUUAUGUUGACGAUUUGCUAACGGGCGCGGACACGAUAGAGCAGGCUAGAGUGUUAAAACAGGACGUCAGUAGGCUGUUAAGGGAAGCAGGGUUUGAAUUACGGAAAUGGGCAUCACACGAGCCAACAGUGAUUAACUCGGUGUCAGACGAACCAAAGGACAUCGUGUCGCAGGCUGAGAUGGAUCCAAGAACCCUUGGAAUGUUGUGGGGCCCACUGACCGAUGAGUUGCGGAUCGCCAUAAAAGAUAGAAUCACGACACGGGUAACGAAACGCGUAAUAUUAUCCGAACUCGCGAGAAUAUUCAACCCGCUCGGUUUAGUGGGUCCAGUUGUCAUUAGGGCAAAAUUGUUGAUGCAGUUGCUGUGGCAGCUGAAGGUGUCCUGGGAUGAAUCUGUUCCACAAAGGAUUCAUGCAGAAUUCCAGGAUUUCCAAUCAGAUUUACAAUCUUUAAGGCGGCUUGCGAUUCCCCGACUUAUAAUAGGUCUGAAUUCUACGCAGGUAGAAAUUCACGGUUUCUGUGAUGCUUCUGAGAAGGCCUACGGUGCAUGCGUGUACCUGCGCAGGGUCGACGGGAGGGGUAAUGGCACAACUCGUUUAUUGUGCGCCAAAUCGCGAGUGGCACCCCUAAAAACAAUAAGUCUGCCGCGACUAGAACUUCGCGGGGCCCUUUUGUUAAUGCACUUGGUCGACAAGGUGCGAACUGCUUCCCGGAUUGUCAUAGCUCGGGAGUUUUAUUGGAGUGAUUCCAUGAUCACGCUUGCCUGGCUGAAGGGAUCUCCUAAUCAAUGGAAGACGUUUGUCGCGAAUCGGGUUACGGAGAUUCAAAACCUAUCACGGGGCACGUGGCGUCAUGUAGGAUCCGCUCAAAAUCCUGCAGAUCUCUUAUCGCGAGGAGUACGGCCGUCCGCUUUACAAGACUUGAGUCUUUGGUGGAACGGCCCAUCGUGGCUGCAACAAUGUCCAACCGAGUGGCCGGUCACUGGACAGUUACCUAUCGAGUUGCCAGAGGGAAGGGCCGUAGUGUGUACUGUCCUCAAGGGAGAGACAGACACAAAUUGUAGUCUCCUGACACGAUUUUCAAACUGCGCGCGAUUAAUUCGGGUGGUCGCGUAUUGUUUACGGUUCUGUCAUAACAUUCGUACCCGUAAAAGUCACAGGGAUGCUUCGGGUGCUUCUAAGAAUGACCAGAUAAGUAGAUCUCCGGAAUCGUUUGUUAAGUUAUCCAUUAGGGACUUAGAGUUGGCCGAGGAUGCCAUCCUUAAAAUGGUCCAGAAAUCAGCAUUCGGUCAAGAGCUAGUAGAUUUGCGUUUAGGCAAUGUUGUCGGCACUUCAAGUACGGUACGCUGUCUAAAUCCGGUUUUAGACGACAAAGGACUACUCAGGGUGGGCGGUAGGCUUAGCCAUGCCGAAUUAAGAUACGAGCAGCAACAUCCUGUGAUUUGGCCAAAGGACAGUCCUAUUACUCGAGCAAUAAUUCGUCGCGAACACGAACGGAGUUUGCAUGCGGGAUGUGAAGCGGUCUUAUCAGCGAUUCGGAGGCGAUAUUGGCCACUGGCCGGCCGAAGCGUCGUCAAGGGUGUUUUAAGGAGUUGUUUGCUGCAGGCGAUGUAUCAGCACUUCUGGAAACGAUGGCAACAGGAAUACCUCCACCAUUUGCAACAACGGAACAAAUGGAAGGUUAACAUUCCGGACCAGUUUGGAGUAGGAACCAUGGUGGUCCUCGAGGAGGACAAUCUUCCUCUGUUGCGGUGGAAGCUGGUCCGAAUCACGGCGCUUCAUCCCGGUGCGGAUCACAUAAUCAGGGUCGUGUCGAUACAGACAGCAAAUGGACCCGUGAAGCGGCCGGCCACAAAGAUUUGUGUCCUACCCCUGGACGAAGAAAUCCCAGCAAGCCAAGCUGAACCCGGAGGAUCAUCCGAUCACAACGCGACUCUUUAA